AUGGUAAUGAGCAUUGAGUUGCCAGUCAAGACCCUCGCCCUCCGGUCCAAUUCAAUCCCAUUCCUCACCAUGGCUCUCCAAUCUUGCCGCUCUGGCCUUUUACGGAGCAGACAAGUCGCCCGCACACUCAUGCCAUGUGUGCGCACAUACGCCACCGACUCGACACCCGAAUCCUUCAAAUCCGAAAACCCAUCUUCCUCCGCUCCCGUCCCACGAUGGAGUCAAACACCCCCCGCAAUGAAGGCACCUAUACAGCUCGACUUUGCCAAGAAUCCCAAAAAUAAGGUCUGGAGUGUCAACAAUGAUCCCAAGAAGCUGGAUGAGGUUUAUGACCGACUACUGGGACAGGGCGGCAGCAAGCUUCUGCCAGACGAGGUUAAGUGGUUGGCUGUUACGCAUAAGAGUUUCGAUCAGGGAAGGAGAGGUUUCAACGACCGAUUGGCGUUACUCGGACGAAUGACCCUCAUCAUGGAGACGACCAAGUCAAUUGUCGCCAAGGAACCCAUGAGUGAACCAAGACAAGACGUAUACAACCGCGAGCCAUUCAUACAUCCCAAGUUGCAGUCAGUGGACAACCUGACCAUUCAAGGAGCGAAGGAUAUUGCUGGCAAGACAAAUCUGUCUGCUCUAGCAGCUGAUGUGGGAUUGAUUGAUGUUGUGCGGUGGAAGCCUAAAAACGUGCAAAAACUCAAGCAAUCCGGUGUUGAUGUCGUGCUUAAUGGUGCGAUUAUGGCUAUUAUUGGAGCCGUCACCCUGCAACACGGAGCCGUAGUGGCAUCACAGGUCAUCAGGGAGCGAAUCUUGUCAAGACUACAGGAGGAAUAA